AUGGCUGACAUGGACGACGAAUGCGACUCUGCGUCUGCCAUGAGCACCACCAGGCGAUUCAAAGACCCGAUACAUGACUAUAUCCCCCUUGCGCCCGAGGUUUGCGCAGUAGUAGACACAAAACACUUCCAGCGUCUCCGCAACAUCAAGCAGCUCGGGACCUCGUACUACGUAUGGCCCGGGGCAUCCCACAACCGCUUCGAGCACUGUCUAGGCGUCGCGCACCUGGCGCGUCUCAUGACCGAGCACCUCCAGAAGUCACAGCCCGAGCUCGACAUCACCGAUCGCGACGUCCGCUGCGUCAUGCUCGCCGGCCUGUGCCAUGACCUCGGACACGGGCCCUGGAGCCACGUGUGGGACAGCAUGUUCAUCCCCCGCGCGCUGUCUGUCCCCGCCCCCGCCCGCAAAAAGUGGAAGCACGAGGACGCGUCGGAGAUGAUGUUCGACGACAUGAUCAGGCAGUACGACCUGGGCAUCUCGGAGCAGGACGCGACGUUCAUCAAGGCCCUCAUCGCGGGCGACAAGACGCGCUGCGCAGACACCCUCGAGAAGCCGUUCUUGUUCGAGAUCGUCGCGAACAAGCGCAACGGCAUCGACGUGGACAAGUUCGACUACAUCGCGCGCGACUCCAACGCCAUCGGCGAGCGGGGCAACCUCUCUCUCAGCAGGCUCAUCGACUCGUCCAGAGUCGUCGACAACGAGAUCUGCUUCGAUAUCAAGGACGCCAACCAGGUCUACGAGCUGUGCUACACGAGGUUCAGCCUCCACAAGCGCAUCUACCACCACAAGACCGGCACGUAUCCGACCAAGGCGAUCGAAUUCAUGAUCAUCGACGCGCUCCUCGCUGCCGAUCCGUACAUGAAGAUCGCAGAGUGCAUCGAGCAGCCGAGCGAGUACAUCUCCCUCACCGACGACAUCAUGCCGUUCAUCGAACGCACGAAGGACCCCGAACUCGCCGAGUCGCGCGCGAUCUUCGCGCGGAUCCGCGAGCGCGACCUGUACAAGUGCGUCGACUACAAGGUGUUCGAGUGGGGCAUGCACGACCUCCUCCAGGCGGAGGUCACCGCGGCGGCGAUCGUGCGCGAGGCGAAGCGGCUCGACGCCGCCGCCGCCGCCGCACGCGCGGCGCAGUCGAAGGACAUCGCCGCGCUGCAGGCCAGGGACGUGAUCGUCUCGCUCUCGCAGAUGCACCACGGCAUGGGCGAGGACAACCCGCUCGACUCGGUCAAGUUCUACUCCAAGCGGAACCUCGACCGUUCUCAGCACGCCGGGCGCGGCGACCUGUCCAUCCUGAUGCCCGCGAGCUUCGGUGAGGUCCUCCUGCGCGUGUACACCAAGGACACACGCUACUUUGGCAUCGUCCAAGCGGGGUACCGCUCCAUCAUGCAACAGCUCCGCGACCGCGCCGCCGCCGCCGCCGCCGCCCUCGUAGCCGACUCCGUCCCGCCCUCGCCGAUGAUCGCCGCCACCGAGCUCGAGCUCCCGCUCACGCCGUCCACGCCGCCGCCGCCGCCGCCGCCU